AUGUCUGCCAAAAGUGUAAAAGGCGAGCAUGGCAAGAAACCGGCGUCUGCGGCCGUCAACCUGAUAGCCGGAGGCGGCGCGGGUAUGAUGGAAGCCCUCGUGUGCCAUCCGCUCGACACAAUCAAGGUGCGAAUGCAACUGUCAAGAAGGGGCCGGGUGCCAGGGCAGAAGAAGCGUGGCUUCAUCGCGACGGGAAGAGACAUCGUCAAGCGGGAAACCGCGUUUGGGCUGUACAAGGGUCUCGGAGCCGUCUUGACGGGCAUCGUACCGAAGAUGGCCAUCCGCUUCACGUCAUACGAGUGGUACAAGCAAUUAUUAGCGGACAAGGAUGGGAUCGUAACAUCCAGGGCGACUUUUCUAGCUGGACUGAGCGCCGGUGUAACGGAAGCCGUGGCAGUCGUAACGCCGAUGGAAGUGGUCAAGAUUCGCAUGCAAGCGCAAUACCACAGCUUAAGCGACCCUCUCGACGUCCCGAAAUAUCGAAGCGCGCCGCACGCGCUGUUGACCGUGGUUCGCGAGGAAGGACUCGGGGCCCUGUACCGGGGUGUGUCGCUGACGGCGCUGCGACAGGGAACGAACCAGGCCGUCAACUUCACCGCGUACACAGAGUUCAAGGAGAUCCUGCAGCGGUGGCAGCCCGAGUACCAGGGCCAGAACCUGCCGAGUUACCAGACCACCGUGAUCGGGCUGAUCAGUGGCGCCAUGGGACCUUUCUCCAACGCACCCAUCGAUACCAUCAAGACGAGGUUACAGAAGACACCUGCCGAGCCUGGCCAGACGGCCGUGUCGAGAAUCGUGGCCAUAUCAAGGGACAUGUUCAAGCAGGAGGGCUUCCGCGCGUUUUACAAGGGUAUCACGCCGCGAGUGAUGAGAGUGGCCCCCGGUCAGGCCGUGACGUUCACCGUGUAUGAGUUUUUGAAGAGUCAUAUCGAAGAUAGUAACUGGUUGAAGCUAGGGACUGGGAAAUAUGAAGAGUGA